ACGACACAAACACAGAAUUGCAGAUCUAAUCAAACCUCCACAGAUCCCUCCUCGCUUUUUGAGGUCCCUCCCAGUUACAUCCUCUUUAGUGGGUCAUAUGUCUGUAAUAUUCUAACCCUCAUCAUUGCUUCUGCAUGAAGUGGACUGAAGAGGGAAAGUGCAUCACAUAUGCUGAGGUUAUGAACACAAUCCUAUGUCAUUGUCAGUAAAUGGAAACCUUGGUAACUCCAUUACAGCAUUUCUGCAGUGUAAUAGUUCAUUGAAGGAAAUUUCUGCUUAUAGUUCAUUGAAGGAAACUCCACAGCAGGAUGAAGAGUCUUCACAAUCUGUUGGAAUAUGUAGAAGACGGGGGCACUUUUUUUUUUUUUUUUUGGGGAGUAUAAGAAGUUAGAUGACUCCUAAGACCAAGCAAUGCACUAGGAUCUCCAAAGUCCCUCGGUCGUUUUGCAAACCCAGCUGGAAACCUCUCUCACCAGGAGCACCCGGUCUCAAGCGUGCCUUCUUUUCUCUAUUCUACUGCCCCCUGCUGGAGCAAUGGAAAACCAACUCAUACACAAGCAUUACAAUUACACAGGGAAGCUGGACAAUCGGAACACCACCAAUAAGGUUGAUUUAGGUCCCGAGAAGGUGGUGUUUCUGGUUAUAUGCAGCUUUAUAGUGCUGGAAAACUUGAUAGUGCUGAUUGCGAUAUGGAAAAAAGAAAAACUCAACAGCCGCAUGUACUUUUUCAUUGGGAAUCUUGCACUGUGUGACUUGCUUGUCGGUGUGAUGUACACUGUAAAUCUGUUACUGUCUGGGGAACGAACUCUGCACCUUUCGACAGAAGAGUGGUUCAUCCGUGAGGGGAGCGUGUUCGUGGUGCUGGGAGCAUCUAUCUUUAGUCUACUGGCUAUUGCCAUUGAAAGGCAUCUCACCAUGAUUAAAAUGAAGCCUUAUGAUGCUACUAAGAAAUACCGAGUGUUUCUGCUCAUAGGGACAUGCUGGCUGAUUGCUGUGGCUCUCGGAGUGCUGCCCAUCGUGGGCUGGAACUGCCUGGACAACCUUCCAGACUGCUCAGUCAUUUUACCGCUCUACACAAAGAAGUACGUGGCAUUCUGCAUCAGCAUUUUCAUCAUCUUGCUGCUGUCCAUUUCUGUACUGUACGCUCGCAUUUACGUCCUGGUGAAGUCCAGCAGUCGCAAGGUGAUGAAGCACAGCAACUCCGAGCAUUCCAUAGCCCUGCUGCGGACAGUCAUCAUCGUCGUCGGGGUCUUCAUCACAUGCUGGAUGCCCAUCUUUGUCCUCCUGCUCACUGAUGUGGCCUGCAAAACAAAGCAAUGCCCUAUCCUGCAGAAAGCCGACUGGUUCAUUACUCUGGCCACAAUGAACUCGGCUUUGAACCCGGUGAUCUACACCCUGGCGAGCAGGGAGAUGCGACGGAUGUUUUAUGGGCUGCUGUGCGGAUGUUUAGCGGUGCCAUGUAUUGUUGGGAGCAAAGAUAAUGAAGAAGGCAGCAGGAGUAAGAGCUCUACACAGAAUCAGAAACCAUCUGAAGAUCAGGGGUAAUAAGGGAACGUUGUCAUUCAGCCGUCGUAGAAAGCCCGGACUCCUGAAACGAGGUGUAAAUCUCAAAGACCCAUUUCUGACUAGUGUAUAGCCAGGAAUAUUGGGUUCAUCUUCAGAUGUUCCAGCAGAAAAUGGAGGGGUUUUUUUCUCUUGAAUUGAUCAGGCAGCUAAUGACAGCAGAGGAUUACUCUUGCUAGCAGAGGAUUUCAUUCCUGGCUGGUCUAUGCACCAAAACAUACAUUCUGUCAACUAGUCUUAUUCUUCCGUGCUUUAUGAAUACCAUAAACACCAGUAUUCGUUAAGCACACCAAACUGCCAAUCUAUAACUUUUUGUGACUAUAAUCCAUGUACAAUCUAUCAGAUUAUCCAAACACACAUCUGUUCUGAACUCAAACACCAACCCUGAGACCUCACGUGCCAAGGCUGAGGAAAUAUUUGGCGCGAGACACCAUGACAUUUUAAACUGGAAUGGAAAUUUCAACCGAGUCUUUUAACCAUCCUUUUUUUUUUUUUUCGCUUGUUAUAAAAACUGCUCUUGCAUGUUGUAAUUUCUUUGCCCACGAUUAGUUUUUUCAGCAUAAGAGGGCUGUCAAAGAAUUCCAGAUGGUGGUGGGGAAAAAAAAAAAAGACAUGGCUGCCUCGAUUUCCCUUUUUUUUUGUUGCUCCAUUUGGUCUAUAUUUUUGGCAAACUAAACAACCGAAUGAACUUAGUUGUACAUUACAGACUGAACCCAUGUAGCGGAUACAGAUGGAUCCAUAGAAACAGAUGUAGACUCUAGAAAGCAGCAACUUUUGAUGUCAGAUAAUUCAAACUGUACUUACCUUAGACUCGGCUUCACAUUUCAAAGCAAUUAAUUCUACAUGUACCACAGUGAUGAUGAACGCCCGAUUCUCCACUCGUUUCAGUAUGUUAUCAUUUCUAUAUUAACAACAGGUUUUUUAAAAAUGUAAAAAGUGUAUAAUCACAAGUUUUCUGUUUAUGUAGCAGUUUUCGAAGGAGUCUCCAGUGUCAGUGUUUUGUAACAGUUGGAAGUAAAGCCUGCAACUUUAUGUUUUCAGACAUGGGAAAAUCUUCAGGAUGGAGGAAUUUGCAAAUUCUCUGUAACAAGACGAGAUACAUUUUUGUCUUAUUCAUUUUCCAAAAAAAAAAGAGAAAGAGAGCGAGCAACUGUUUUGCAAAUGAACUUUAAACGUCACUAUAAACAAGUAAAAAGUUUGACGUAACAGUUUUUAAAUUAAUAACAAAUUGAAAUCACUGACAAAUUGCUGUGGUAUAAAAGGAAUAAAACAAUUAACUUAAAUCCACCUCCAUCACUGAUUACCUUCCUAUAACAGAAUGCCACAAAGUGUUUAAUCUUUUGCACGUUUUUCACCAAACCGAGCUGAGAUGUUCCGUUCGUGAUUUCAGUCACUCGGAAGAACAAAUCAUUUCUGAUCAUGAUUAGUGUAUUAAUAUUGCUGUUUGAUGUGAGUACGAUGCUUCUGUUACAACUAUGUGUCUUUAUGUUUACAUGUUAUUUUCGGAUGUUAGGUAUCGAAAGGACUUCUGAAAAUGAUAUUCUCAAACUUUAUAAAACACUAAGCUGUAGAGUUCUGAUUGCAUCAUGGUAAAUAAAUUUAGUGAACUUG